CAGUUCACUUUAGCUGUUGCUGCCCAGCGUUAAUUUAUUGGCCGUCUGUUAUAUUGCAAUACACAAAAAUAAUUUCCGAGCCAUCAUCGAAAAAUUUAUGGAAGACAUAAAGUAGUUGAAACUACCAGAAUUAAAAUUAAUAUUUCAUAAAUAGGCAAUGUUAGCAUUUUUGGCUACAUCUCUCAGUUUUGUGAAGAUUUUAUAGAUUUUAAUAAAUUUGUACGUUUGUUUGUAAUUUUUCCCGCAAUUAUCUUUUUUCAUUUUGCUACUACGUUAAAGCUUCACGCAGCUCUUGUUUUACAGAAGAAAAGUUUCAGUUAAGAAUGAAAAUUAGUCAUAAUCUUGACGCGCAAGAGGAAAGUACAGUAUAACACACGAGGCAUAAAAAUGAAAGAGGAGCGGCAUCACAUUAAUACAAACAUAUGAAAGUUUUUUUACGAAUGACCAAUUUGAUGAAAGGAUUCGUUGGAUUUUAGGGUUUACAAAGAAAAUACCACCAAACGCAUUCUCCACUUUACAUAAAGAAGGGAAAUUUCUGUCAUCUUGGUUUGUUCAUGUUUUCUUCGUUACCAAAUCAGUAACGAUGCGUUUGUGCUUCCUGAGGAUCGCCCAGCAUAUCCCGACAAUCAAUCUGGACUCCCUCCGACAACAAUCCGUUAGCCUCAUUUGGGUGGAUAUACAACCUCUUUGCUAACGUCGUCUAGCAAGAAACUGUUAAUAAUUGGAUAAUUCGAGAAACACGGGCGAAAACAGUAAAAGAUGGAUUCGAAAAGAUAAUUUCUCUGAUUUCUGAGGCUGGCAAAUAAAGCAAUUGAAAUGGGAAAAUUGCAUUCAUUUUGUGAAAAGGAGGAAGCCAGCCAUCCGAGAUGAGUUUUAUAAACUGUUCACAAACUGUGACAUUACAAGACCAAACUUUACUCGCUGUUACGCGAGCGUAAAAACACUCCUGUCGGAGUUCGACAAAAUUACCGAAAUGAAUGCCAACCUAGAACAUCACCUGAAAUGGGAAGUUGAGGACGUUGAGAAGAGAAGAUGCUAAGAGUUUUCGGCCUUUCACCGCCAUCAUUUGAAACAGAAAAUGGGACCAAUCGUCUUCAAAACCAACUUGCCAAUUUAUGGAGCCAAGUCAAAAAUAAACCCAACGAAGUGACGACACCUGAUGAUGCGACAGACAGUAGCAGCACCCACGACAAAAUUAAAUGCCUUCAAAUUAACCAGAAUAGGAGAGAAAAAGCAUGGGAAAAGCUCAUUCAUCAAUGGUUAGCAGAAGAAAAAGUUCACGUUGUUUUCAUUCAAGAACCGUGUCUCAAAAAAAUCGACAACGAACAAACUAACGACUGUUGCUACUAUUUCCCUGGCCUACCAAGAAACUACAGGGCCGUUCAUAACAAUUACUUGAUGGGCAAAGACAAAAAAUCGGAAUACGGUUACAGUGCGGCCAUACUUGUUCACGUCGACGUCCCAUUCGAGCGCUUCAUUCCGAUGGCUGCACCGAGCGACAACUAUCCGACAACAUCCACAAGAGCUGAUGGUCGACAUCCGAUUGACUGGGAAUGGAUGGGAUGGUGUUACCUUGUUCUCCAUGUUGCUAGGCUCCCCAGCCCUGACACUUGGAUAGCGGUUCUUCACUCCUCACCAUCAUCAUAGGCUGAUUCAACAUCUUCCGUUUCAUCUUGAAUCUGCUCACCUUGAAAAUUUGGAAGGUCUGGCUGUCGUAGUUCAACAGUGUCUUCCCUUAGUUGCCCUUAGUGUAAGAUGGGCGAUGUAAUCUGAGGUACUACAAAUACAUCUUCAUACUCCAUUGGAGUGGAUAGUUGUCAUCUCUCUCGGUUUAUCGAUU